AUAGAUGCAGAAGCUUUCAGUACUUGGUGGGAGAUAAUUGUAGAAGAUGAAACAAAGAAAGCAGACAACCCAGUUUGCCUGGCAGGCCUAGAUAUUUCCUCUCCAGGAAUGAGUGGCCACAAGCAGGGCCAUGGCUCCUCAGAACAUGAGCUUCGAGAGAUAUUUAAGGACAUUAGCAGCAGUAGUGAAGAGGAAGAUGAGAGGGAUUCUCAUGAUGAUGAAGAUAUAAACAUCAUUGACACUGAGGAAGACCUAGAGAGGCAGCUACAAGACAAGCUUGAUGAAUCCAGUGAACAGUGCCAAGAAGAUGAGCAAACAAAUCAGAUGGUUAUGGGAAUUCAGAAGCAGAUUGAUAUAAUGAAAGGGAAACUCCAGGAGACCCAAGGGAGAGUAAAACGACAGGAAGACCUCAUUAUCAAAGUAGAAAAUAUGGCCCUCAAGAUUCGUCUUCAGGCUAUGCUGGAUGAGUUCAAACAGCAGGAAGAACAAGAGAAGCAACAGCUCAGUUCCUUGGUGGAACAACUAGAAUCACUCCUGGAAAAAUAA